AUGUUUAAGUUUAAUUCUAAAUUAUAUUUUGGUUUAAGAAAUAUUAAUCAAAUAAUUAAUAACAAAAAUGUGAAUUGUAUAAAGCCAAAUGUAUUGGGUAAUAUUCCAUUUAAAUACAAAAAAUACGCAACAGUAAACAAAAGUGAUAAUAGUCAGAAAAUAAAAAAGACUGAUGAUAAUUCACAUACAAAAAAUAACCAUGAGCAUGAAUCACACACGAAAGGAUUUUAUCAUCAUAUAGAUCAUCAUCAUGGUGAUCCACGUGCUCAUUUAAAUGAAGAUGGUACAAGAAAACCAGAAUAUGAUUUUAAUAAUUUUCAUUGGGAUGAUUAUUGGGCUAAUACACCUAAACAAAAUAUUGUAAUUGUAAAUGGACAGAAAAUGAUAAAAGGUGAUGAAACCAAACCAAUGGAAUACUUAUUUAAUGUUAGUCAACAGAAUAUGCCUUUUUGGGCAAGAACAAGAUUAAAUGUAUGGGGAAACUAUAAUAUGGUAUUAAAAGUGGAAUUUUUAUUUUUUUGGAUUCCAACUCUUAUCAUUUUUAGUAUUGCUAUUCCAUGUUUUACUAUGUUAUAUAUGUUAGAUGAAAUAGUUCACACAACUAUGACUGUAAAGGUUAUUGGAAGACAAUGGUAUUGGAUUUAUGAAGUUGAAUCACCUCCGGAUGAUGAUGACAACGACGAAUAA